GUUUUCACCCAAAUUCUAACAUUCUCCUAGUCGUGUGAUGCCUUAAUGGUACCAUUCUUUUUUUCGGGUUUUCUUUUACUUCAGCAGACGUCUUUUGCAAACUGCCAUAGUCACCUAGGUAUAGGGAAAUCCCCCCCUACCCGUACUGCCGUGGUCAGCUGCACUGGAGGCACAUGUAACUUUUUGCAUAUUCUUCACCUUUCACCGUGUUUCCCGGGAAGGCCCAAUCAACCCAAGUCAAGAAAAGCCACCUGCUUAAUGCACUCCGGGGUCUGGCGAACGAGCUCAUUGGACACUUCUCACUGCAAAGAGUGGUCGUCACAAGGCUCGACACCUCACACGCAUUUGGUGCAGGGGCAGUGUGAUCGCCCGCUAGCCGUUUCCAAGCCCUGGGUUCAUAUCCAAGGUCCCAGGUUCUGAGGAGAGUCACACAACCACAGCGUCCUGGCCCUUGCGGUAUUCAUCACUGGCGAGAUAUUCGACUCCUCACCACAAUGGCGCCAAUUGAUAU